AUGGCGGAGAAAGUGAUGGUGAGCAUAAGGGAGUCAACAAUGGUGAGGCCAGCCGAGGAGUCUACGCCAUGGGACUCCCUGUGGCUCUCCAAUUCAGACCUAGCGUUCCCACCCUUUCACACGUCUAGUGUUUACUUUUACAGACCUAGUGGUGAGCACAACUUUUUUGACAAGGGGGUGCUCAAGCAGGCCCUCGGCAAGGCCCUUGUGCCCUUCUAUCCCAUGGCCGGUCGCUUCAAGCUCAACGACCAGAACGGCCGUGUGGAGAUUGAUUGCAAUGCGGAGGGAGUGGUCUUUGUUGUAGCGGAGAGCAGCUCUGCUGUUGAUGAUUUUGGUGAUUUUGCGCCUACUCCCGAUUUCCUGACACUAAUCCCCACAACUGAUUACUCUGGUGGGAUAUCCUCAUAUCCGAUUUUGGUGUUACAGAUCACGUACUUCAAAUGCGGUGGAGUGUCACUUGGUGUUGGCAUGGAACACCGCGUUGCAGAUGGAGUUUCUGGCCUCCACUUUGUAAAUACAUGGUCUGAUAUUGCUCGUGGUGAUCUCUCAAAUAUUAAACCGCCCUUCAUGGACAGGACAUUACUUCGGUUACUUCGUGCCCGAGACCCACCUCAGCCUGCAUUCCCCCACAUUAAAUACCAACCUUCUCCGCAAAUGAAACCUUCUGAUAAUAUGAAAAGUACAAGUAAUAUUACUACGUCUGUUGACGCUCAAAAAUGGUUCGGCACUUUUGAGGCUAACUUAGUGAUGAGGUGUGAUGGAUGA